AUGUCGGCGUCGAAACUUCUCUCUAGAGCGGCCGUUCGUGGUGCCUCUACAUCAACAUCAACAUCACAUAUGACCAAGACCGCUGGGGACAUUUCGAGUGUGUUUCCAAGCUUGCGACCUGACUACAAACCUGAACCGCUGCCUCCACGGUUCAAGGAGCUGAAACAAAGGCUGUUCGAGAAAAAUGAGAAAGCUCUAGUGCAAAGCUGGAAGAGACUGCUGGAAAGCCUAGAGAAAGAGGUGCAUGAGAUCAAGGCCAAGGGCAGCGAUAUUAUACCAUCGGUACAAUAUGCAGAUAUUGUGUCCGGCAGAGUCUCGGAUAUAGCCCUUGCUGAGAUAUUGCAUCGCGGAUCUGUCGUGAUCAGAAAUGUGAUCCCUCGAAAAGAAGCUCGAGGUUGGAAAGAUAGGAUCGAAGAGUAUGUCGCUGCGAAUAAGGAGCGAGUCAAGGCCUUUCCGCCUGACUCGCCCGCAGUAUUUGAGCUGUACUGGACUCCUUCGCAGGCCGAGGCUCGAGCGCAUCCCAACAUGCUCGAAACUCAGCGUUUCUUGCAGCGUCUCUGGCAUUCAUCUGACCCGGCGACUCGGAUAUCUACCAGAUACCCUCUGACAUAUGCGGACCGCCUCCGUAUCAGACAGCCGGGGGAUGGUAAAUUCACGCUUGGUCCCCACGUGGAUGGGGGUUCACUCGAGCGUUGGGAGGAUCCUGAGUAUUCGCGGGUCUACACCAAGAUCUUGGAGGGCAGAUGGGAAGAAUACGACCCUUGGGACGCGAAGCACCGCGUUUCCGCCAAGAUGGAUCUGUACAAUGGAGCGGGAGCGUGCUCUAUGUUAAGAUUCUUCCAGGGCUGGCUUUCAAUGUCCAAGACCGCCCCUGGAGAAGGCUCGCUGCAUGUUUGCCCUAUGCUCGUUCAGAGCACCGCCUAUACCAUUCUGCGUCCAUUUUUCGAUGCGAAGACAUUGCAGCCCAACAUCGACGCCACCUUUCCGGGCUCCGUGCCAGGUGCUUGCCAAGAAUACAAUCCAGUUACCCACCCUCACCUUGAACUGGACACCACCAUGGUUCCGGUCCCAGAGGUCGAACCAGGCGAUUAUGUUGCCUGGCACUGCGACUCGUUGCAUUCCGUGGACAAGGAACAUAAAGGCAAUGGUGACUCCAGUGUCCUCUAUAUCCCUGCCACUCCAAUGAGUGAGAUGAAUGUGGAUUACCUUCUCAAGCAGCGGAACGCGGCUCUUGCCUAUUCACCACCCUGGGAUUUUCCCGGCGCUGGAGGUCCGGGUGAGGCAGGUUUUAAGGGUGCAUUGGACUGGUCUUCUGUCAACCCUGACGGCCUGCAAGCCAUGGGUAUGGGCACAAAGCCUUGGGAAGUAACCGGUGACAUGACUGAGGGAGAGAAGGAAGUUGUUGAAGCAGCAAACAGGGCGUGCUUUGGCCAAGCUUAA